GAGUGCAUAGUCAUCUUUAGGAGGUGGAGAUUGAGAGCUGAAAGAUUUGAUGUUAACAAAUAGAUGACUGUCAUUUUGGAUAGUAUUGGUGUAUGCUGUUCUGAAUAGUCAGGUAAUCCAGUGUACUUUUUUUAAAGGCAAUUUUUUGACCCAGAGUGAACAUUACAAGAUACCCUGUGGUGCCUGGCUUGGGGAAUUAUAGCAUUUUGAUUGGCAUAGCGGUGAGCUGAAUUGAUUCUUGAGCUUCUUGCCUUAGACCAGCAUCUAUUCAGAAAUUAAAUAGCCUUUAAGAAAUGCCAUUUUAAUUUGGAAGACGAGCCCUUUGAGCAGAAAAAGCCUAAGAGGAGAGGAAAGGAGCUAAUUCAGGAAAGUGGAAGGAAGAAAGAAAACUCAUCUUUGAUUCCGAGUCGUCAUUGUUUUCUCUGAUGCCUGUCAAGAUAAUUAUAUCGCUUUUGAAGCCGGAUUUGAAAGGAGAGGAUGGGGCAUGGUAUGGUGGCUUUGGUAAUAAAAGUGUGGUUGUUGCAGCGCUGCUAAGCUCCAGUGCCUUGGCCCGGAUCAAGACUAAUGCGAAUGCACAGGUGUGCAGCCCUCCUGCCUUUUUAUUUUUUUAUUUUUUUUUGUAGUCCAGUCUCUAGCACUGCCAUGGUUGGGUUAAUGAACUCCAGCUGCCUGAAUUCAAAGACAAAUAGCUGCCAGUUAGGCUUCAUGUUAAAGUCUUUAUAAGUGGGGCAAGGGUAGCUGGUGCUUGUAUGUAAACACCACACAGUUUUUCCAUCGCUGGAAAACAGCCAUGCAUGCUGGAAAAUCAACCACAUUUAUGAGGCGAUAGGUGCAGGCUUUUUCACAGUGGCUGCUAAUGAGGAGGAAGUUAGCUGUCUGAGUUUUUGCUGGUAACAUGAUGAGAUUUGUCUGUGUUUUGUUAUAUUUUGUCGUCUAUUAGUCAUUACUCAAAGUUCUGCAUACUCUCAUCCACUCUUUCUAAAAAACAUCUCUCAAUGGCUUUGAUCAAACAAUAUAGGCCUUGUGGGUUUGCACAAAUUUCUCAGUGCCUGCAGCCUCUGUGCAUCUACAAAGGACACACAGUGAUCCUAAGAAGUCAAAGAACUGGCGAAUGAACUGGAACAGCUAUGUGUUUUGGAGUUGUAGAGCUCUUGAACGCCACUCCACCUCAGAACCUGGGGUUUCAUAUUACUCCCAGCACUGUCUGCUUCUCUGUCAGCAUAAUUGCAUUGAAAUCAUUGGUCAUGGUUCAUGGUUAAUUUAGCUGAAGUGUUGAUGUCUUGACGGGGUUUAGUUUUUCUUUGGAAAUUGAUGCUAAAUUUUGUGAGACUGAUAGAGGGUAGACCAUCACUGAUGGAUUGUUCUGUCAGGGAUAGAUGGACCGUUUCUGAGAAUUAACCAGUGUGUAAUGGGUCUAUUAUUUUUCCUGAUCCUUUUUCUUUUUUCUUAAGCUGGAAUAUGAGCUCAUAGAUCUACUGCACUACUUGGUGCUGCAUAGUGAAAGGUGGUCAUAUUAAGGUAUUUUAAUUCAGCAGUGCACCCUAUUCAAAAAAUCAUCUAGAUAUCAUCAACUUGAUGUCAAAAGAACUUGGGAAUUGGCGUCUUGUGUGGGAUCGUUCUGCCAUUUCGGUCAGCUUUGUGUUUUGUGUAUAAUGCUUGGGGGAAUUAGUAGGGCUUUUGUUCUGCAGUUGACUGUACAUGCUGUGCACAUCUGCACUCAUGGAGAAGGAACAGGGAUGCUGGGUGUGGUUCUUGAACAUUUCAAACUAAUGUGUCAAAUUAUUUAGGAAGGAAAAUCAGCUAAGUCGAGUAGAAGGAAGUUAGGUGAAAAAUACAUGAACAAAACUGUGACUGGGUGUUUAAGUGGCAUCAUUGUUUGUUUGCGUCACGUUAACUGCAUUCAUGCUAAUAGCUUGGGUGGUUUUUGGAAUGGCAUAGAACAAACUAUUCAACACCAUUUUACCGGCAAGAGGUAAUUCAGGGACGGUGUCUUGUUGGUUGUUGGAAUGAUCUGCUAAGCUUCACCCAAACCGGGGAAGCAUUUGACCAUUGAGUGAGCAAGCUGUGGCACGUAAAGGGAAGAUGGAAAUAUCACAAAUAUGUCUAAAUAUUUGCACAUGAAGUUUAUGUGUGAGGAUUGGUUCUGUGGUUAAAUGUGUGCUCCUGUCUUCAAUGUGGCCCAUGGCCUUAAGGUUGGUCAUGAGUAGAAAAGUAGAUCAUGUUCAGUCUUGCGAGAAUCUCUCUUAAAUUUCGCAUUGAUGUCUAGCUAUCUGAAAUGGAACAACAUUAUCCCUAUGUUUUUAAUGCUUUCUCCUCCCGGUUAGAACUGAACCAGCAUUUUGCAUGGACCUGCACACGUCUGCAGCGUUUUGCCUCUGUCUGGGAGGAACUUUCGGGUGAUUCCUUUCGCACUUUAGAGACAUGGAAUGUGUUAGCUGAGCUCACUAGUAUGCGUCUUCAUCUGAUGAUACCUCACACCAACACUUAAAAUUUUUUUUUAUUAUUAUUAUGUCACGAGUAUAGUAUUAGUAAGAGAGAGAUUACUGCUGGAAGGAUUUUGGUGAUCGUGACACUAGUCAUCAGUAUUGUUUUACUAGCAUGAUGCUGUUACAUGAGUGCAAACUAAGUUGCAUUAAUAUUGUUAGUUUUUUUUUUUUUUUUGCAGUGUUAGACGACAACCAAGGUAGCCUGGUCUACUGGUCAUAAACUGUGUUAUUUGACCCAGACAGAUCAUAUCCAAGAUGAUUUUAUGGACAUUUUGCCAUCAACUGAGACAUGAUACACCUCCAACCCUUCUUCCACUUAUAAAUCUCACUUGCUGUUAAUGCAGCUAUAACCUAAUAGAACCUCCCUGCGAUCAGGUCAGGACAAAACUGGUAUUAGACAUUUAUGGGUUGGGUGUUGUACAUAUAGGCGUGCCCUGCAAGUGUACACACAAUCACAAAUUCUCCUGUACAUCUUAGCUUCUAUUAAAUAAGCUUUAGUGCUGUUGCAGUCUUCAGACAUGUCUCGAUGUUGGUCUUGGCAUCCUAGCUAGUUCUUCUACCUGAGGGUCUUUUAUAGGGUGCAGACUGCUAGACAGUUUACUGAUCUCUCCAGUCAGGAUGUGUCAUUUCCUGAUAUAGGACCUAGAUCAUUUCACUGUCUUCUCAGCAACGCGGCUAAUUCUGGCUGCAACACGUUAGCACGUUAGACCCGGCGCUAAGUGCGUUGGUGCAGGACUAGGAUCGGAGUAGUCUCUGCACCUAACUGCUGUGGAAGUGACGGGAUUUUAGGAUGAAGGAGGACGGUUGCAUGGUAAGCUGGAUUUGAUGCAUGGCAUUUGCAUGACCCCAUUCAGCACCUGUGUGGGGUUGAGAGUGAUUGGCUGUAGCCAUGGCCCAGACCACGCACCUUAACGGCGAUCGUGCAGAAAAGGAUGAUUGUAACAAGGACCCUGCACCCCCCUAUUGUUUGGAAACCCCCUAUGGUUAUCAGAUAGACUUGGACUUCCUCAAGUAUGUUGAUGACAUAGAAAGGGGCAACACCAUCAAGAAGCUGAACAUUCAGAGAAAACCAAAAGUAACCAGGUCUGUACCACCCCGUCAGCCUGGUCAGGCUGAAUGGACUUCUACGGACUCUCUUUCCUCAUCAAACAGUGAUGAAAGCAAGCAGUCACCGGUCUUCUUUGCAACUCGGAACCAGCUAGCGUCCCUGGGCCACAUUGCGCAAGUCAAUGAGGCCCCCCAGGCCUUUGUGAACAUUCUUGAGGCCAAGCAGCAGCAGCUGCCACCACCUUCACCCUGUCUCCCUCGCCAUAACCUCCAGGUGGAGAAAACACUAAUGGAGACUCGGAGGAGGCUAGAACAGGAGCGGCUUCUCAUGCAGCCACCAGCAACCGAGCCACCACGCCGGCGUCUGCCCAGUUUUGGGGGAACGGGCUCCAAUAGCUCCUUGUCGUCCUAUGGUGGCUCAUAUGGGGCAAACCAGAUCUCACCUAGUUCAAAUUCUCUUCAGCAUAAUGGACAUCUGGCUAAUGGUGAAUACAGUCUUUAUGUAACAUCCUCAAUGGGCAGCUCAAUACGUCACAGCCCACUGAGCUCAGGUAUGACUACGCCGGUAAGUAACAUCAGCCCCCUGCACCUUCAGAACAUCCGUGACCAGAUGCUGGUCGCGCUCAAACGACUUAAAGAGCUUGAGGAACAGGUGAAAACCAUCCCAAUCCUUCAAGUUAAGAUCUCAGUCUUGCAAGAGGAAAAGAGACAGCUGGUGUCACAGAUAAAGAACUCAAAACUACCUGGGCAGGGCCAAUCUGGGGUUUUUCGGAAGCGAUCCUACAGUGUAGGAAGUGCUGACCAGUAUGAGCCUGUGGCCCAGCUUCAGUCCGGUUCUGAGUUGCACAUUGUUGAGUCAGAAAACAUAGAACAGAGCUCACAAAGGCUACAGGAGUUUCGGCAACUGACAGCUGAGGUACAGGCUUUAGAGAAAAACAUCCAGGACACCAGCAAGGAGUCAGAAAAUGCCUUACACCAAAUACAACACAGUACAAACCAAAAUGCCUUGCAAAGACAAUGGAGCCGUGAGAGUAAAUCAGUUGGUGUUGGUGCAGAUGAAAAUAUGAAUGAUGUAGUAAUCUACAGGAAGUUGCCAGGACAGAGCAAGGAUGUAGCAGUAGGGACUGAGCAGGAGACAAGGAGCAUAGGAUUUGGGGUGACUGAGGCCAUGCUGGGCAUGAGCACUGAGGCUGAGGCUGAAAUAGAGCUGCAGCACCAAACCAUCGAGGCCCUUAAGGAGAAGAUCUACAGAUUGGAGGUACAGCUGAAAGAAACCACUCAUGAAAUGGAGAUGGGCAAACUCAAGCUAGAGCUUCAGGUGGCUGGAUCAAGGAAGAAACUGGACAAGGGUUCGCUGGCAAGACCUGAAAUGUACAGCACUUCAGUAGAGGCCAAGGUCUCCACAAAGAGUCAAGGGGUGGGAAACCAUGCAGAAUGUAAUGAUAUCAGCACAGAUCAUGUACCACAAACGCACACUGUUGCUGUCUGUUGUAAACCAGACUCAAGGCAUAUUGCUGUGGGUCCAGAUUUGAUAAUGGACAGAUGGGUUGUACAAGAACGUGUGGAGGUUCAAGAUAAGUGUGUUGGAAAGGAGGUUAUAAUGUGCCACCAGAAAGUGGGGGUAGAAAUAAGUAAGUGUGAGGUGGGAGUCAACACUCAGUUGGCUGUGGAAACUUUAGACCUUUUCAAGACAGAGUCUGAACUGGCAAAAGAAUUCAGAUCCAUUGGAUGUGGAGAUUGCACGAUGGAUGUAUUGGUUAGUCCCAUUAAGGAGGUGUUGUCCAAAGGCACAGCAACUGACACUGUGGGUAAAAUGGACACUGCUGUAAUGGUUUUACCCACAGUGUUUUCUCAACAUACAAGCACCGAAGUUAAUACUGUCGAUAACUUCACUAACACUGAGUGCAUUGUUCUCACUGAUUCUUGCAUUAACACUCAACAGAAUUCUGAAGACAAGCAAACGAGCACAGUACCACUGGAGACUCGCACUGUUGCUGUUGGUGACGGUCUUGUAAAAGAUCUACAGACCACAGUAAAGUCUCGCUCCAUUGCAGUUGGUACCACAGCUUCAGGUGAUGCUAUUGAAAAGGUGAACUGUUCCAAAACCAAAGAAAGUGGGGUUGGGCAUACUAGUAUAGAUGAUAAUUUUUUGGUGGGUCUUAAGACACGGAGCAUAGCUUGUGGGCCUUUUCAGCCACUAAACCAAGAGGUGGAGGAAAAUGUGGCAGUUGAACAAACGAUUGCUGCAGAGACUCUCAAUUCACAAAACAAGGCUGGUACUAGGUUUGACUUGGAUCACUAUAUAGAGAGAGUGCAGAAGCUUCUUCAAGAGCAACAGAUGUUGCUAGCUGAGAAUUACAGUGAGUUGGCAGAUGCAUUUGGUCCACCACAACAGUCCCAGUUCAACUCCAUCAACAGUGAGUUGGUAACCACCCUGUCAUCCAUCAACUCUGUGAUGAAGUAUGGCAGCAUUGAGGAUCUCCACAACGCGGACCUCCGGAGUCUGCAAGCAGACUCUAGUAAUGUCAGAAAAGACGCUGAGAUUGCCAGCGCUCAUUUGGUCAGUGCAACGCUGGAGGUCACUCACACACAGAGUGUGUGUACUGAGGAUACAGUGACCCAUGAGCAGAGUGCAGCCUCCCUGAAGAGCCAUAUGGACCAGCAGAUGUCUACUGCUCUACAUGGUAGCCAGAGCACCCUGAAGUCUAUCAUGAAGAAGAAAGAUGGUCGCCAGGGUACAAACAGCACCAAAAAGAACCUGCAAUUUGUUGGUGUGAAUGGAGGGUACGAGUCAACGUCAAGCGAUGACUCCAGCUCAGAGGAGAGCAGCUCUUCAGGCUCUGAGGGGGAAGAGGAUGAAACGGAGACCCUGGAAAAAAACAUAAAGGAGAGGAGGAACGAUCAGUUUAGUAAUGAGGGAGCAGAGGAUGUAAAGAGAGAUGUGGAAAGUUCUGGCCAGGGGAAUCCGGAGACACGAGAAAGGUAUGAGUUGAGUGAAAAGAUGCUGUCUGCAUGCUAUGUUCUUAAAACCCACCUAAGCGACCCUAAGGCGUUAUCCAGUAAAGAUGUGAGGACAUGUACGAACACGGUGCAGCACGAGUGGUUCCGUGUGUCCAGUCAGAAGACGGCGGUGGCGGCUAUGGUGGAGGACUACCUGAACGCUUUCCGUAACAUCUCUCCCGCACUGCUGCAGCAUGUGGUCAACAUGGCUGAUGGCAAUGGCAACACUGCCUUGCACUACAGUGUUUCCCACUCCAACUUCCACAUUGUCAAGAAGCUGCUGGAUGCAGAUGUCUGCAACGUCAAUCAGCAGAACAAGGCAGGCUAUACUCCCAUCAUGCUAGCUGCAUUAGCUGCUGUUGAGGCCCCUAAAGACAUGAGGGUGGUGGAGGAGCUGUUCAGCAAAGGAGACGUCAAUGCAAAAGCCAGUCAGGCUGGUCAGACGGGGCUCAUGCUGGCAGUCAGUCACGGCCGGAUGGACAUGGUGAAGGCGCUGCUAGCCUGCGGUGCUGAUGUCAACAUCCAGGACGAUGAGGGUUCCACAGCGCUCAUGUGCGCCAGUGAGCAUGGCCACGUGGAGAUAGUCAAUCUGCUGUUGGCCCAGCCGGGUUGUGAUGCCACACUCCAUGACAAUGAUGAAAGUACUGCUCUGUCCAUUGCUCUGGAAGCUGGACACAAAGAUAUUGCAGUGUUGCUGUAUGCCCAUGUCAACUUCUCCAAAGCACAGUCACCAGGAACACCUCGACUUGGCAGGAAGACUUCUCCAAGUCCCGCUAGGAGGGGCAUAUUUGAUUAGACAAGCCCCAUACCUCUUUCACUUUUUCCUGCUGCUAAUUAUAGUUCAUAUGUGCCUAGCAUUCAUAGCCAGUGCCUCAUCAAACCCUGGAAAAAGGACUUAUUAAACCCUGAUGCUUUGAAUCCAUCACAGACUGUGAAUGGCCAUUUAUUCAGCACUUUUCUGCCUUCAGUGUCAUGUUCGUCUCUUCUACUUUGAAUUUGUCAGUGGGUUUCUUUUUUUUGUUUGUGUUUUUUUGUUUUUGUUUUUUGGUCACACCGAAUGGAUUCCACAGUACAUUUUAUUUUGUGCUUGAAAUCGCAAUCAAGCGAUGCACGUAGAGGGGUUCUGACAUCAGCUGGAACGUGGUCACCAUGUAAGCUCAAAUCAGUGUAGAUAUUAAGGUUCAUGUUAUUUCUUUCAUCCACAUCCACUGUGUAUCUACAGAUUACUUUUGUUUUUAAUCAGGAAUGAAUUCUGCUAUAUCUAAGAUGAUCUGAAGUCAAGCUUUAUAUUUUAACCCUGUGUAUGUAUAUAUGACUCGGAUUCACAGCAAAGUGGAUGUAAAUCAGUCUUAUUCUCAGUGUCCCUGUAGACAUGGUGUAGCAGAUUGGACUACAAAAAUCGGACAAUAUUUUAAACAUUGCAGUAAAUAUCUAGAUUGAACAUGGCCUUACUUUUAUACAUGACAUUUUUAUUUAAUAAUCACAGUAUUUACCGAUUUACUAUCAAAUCCUAACAAGACAUGAAGUUAUAUAUUUAUCAAUUAAAGGUUUUAUUAAGAAUAAAUGUAUUUUCAUUGUAUGUAAAUGUUUACAGGACAUGGUUAUCAUAGGUGUUAAAUAAACUUCUAUCAGACA